AAUUCUUCGUCACGCGUUUUCAGUGAGUAUUUCGCAACAAAAUGAAGAAGAACCAGCGAAAGAUGACCAAGGAGUUCCGGAAGAUGAAGGUUCGCUGUCCGGACAAGCAAAGCAAGGCGGAAAACUCCGCUGAAACUGCAUCAGAACUGCACGAAGAUUCGGAUGAAUCUUCCGCUGGUUCUGGCAGUGAUUCCACAUCCGAGAGUUCUGGUGGAGAGGAUUUGGGCUCUCCGCCCACCUUCAAAGUGGCCAUGUGGGAUCUAAAUCACUGCGAUCCCAGGAAGUGUUCCGGACGGAAGCUCGCCAGGCACAGAUUGAUCAGGAAUCUCAAGCUUGGCCAGAGGUUUCCCGGACUCGUUCUCACGCCCAUGGGCACGAAAACCGUGAGUCCGGAGGAUCGUGAAAUUGUGCAGAACGCCGGAAUCGCCGUUGUCGACUGUUCCUGGGCGAAACUCGACCAGACGCCCUUCGGCAAGAUGAAGUCUCCGCAUCCGCGUCUGCUGCCCUUCUUCGUGGCGGCGAAUCCCAUCAAUUACGGGAAGCCCUGCCAGCUGAGCUGCGUGGAAGCCAUCGCGGCCACGAUGUUCAUCACGGGUUUCAAGGCGGAAGCCAACUGGUACUUGAGCAAAUUCAGCUGGGGACACUCCUUCGUCUCCCUGAACGCCGAGCUGCUGGAGAAGUACGAGAAGUGCACAACAGCGGCGGAAAUUGUGGCUGCCCAGAAUGACUAUCUUGAGAAUGCGCAGAAAGAACAGGCACAGAAGGCGCCGGAUUGGCCAGUUGUGGCAUCUUCGGAUUCUGAGGAGUGAAAGUGUGUCUUGUUUGCCUGUUUUUACACUUAAAUAUACAUGCAAUUAUAGUGGAAAUCGCGGCUUUUUCUCCUUGGCUAAAUAU